UGGUAACGGGCAGGCCAAUCGGGCGCAAUAUUAUAUUAUACACGUACACGACGCGACGCGACAGCGACAGCUUCCCAACAGCAGAUCGGACAAGGUUUGUGAAGAACCUCGAUACACGACUAUAUGAGCUGAUUGUAGUAGACCAGAGGCCGAGCAAGAACACUAUCCGACGACGUAGACGAGGCACUGGAGGCAGCUAAUUCGACGAAGCUUUACCAUGGCGUUAGCAAAUCUCAAAAUUGGUUUCAUUGGGGCUGGAUCUAUGGCGCAAGCAGUGAUAGAAGGUUGGAUUCGUGCAAAUGUUGUCAAACCAAACCAGAUAAUGGCCAGUGCACCCAGUGACAGAAACCUCUGCAAAUUAAGGGAAAAGGGCCUGUCCACAACCCAUGACAAUGCUGAGUUGGUCAAAUCAUGUGCAGUUAUUGUCAUUGCAUGCAAGCCUUAUCAGUGCAAGGACGUACUACCCCCUUUACCAUUCGGUCCACAUCACCUUGUCCUGUCGGUUGUAGCCGCCCUAAGCUGCCCUGCCCAUGAAGCCUUAUUGCCUCCAGGAACCCGGUUAGUGCGAACCAUGCCCAACGUUGCAAUCGCCGUCUGCGAAGGCAUCAUAGGAGUUGUCCGGGGCUCCCACGCAACGGACGAAGACAUGGCACUCGUAGAUAAACUCGUACAACCCAUUGCCUUCUACGAAGUGAUGUCUGAUCCUCAGCUCGAUCUUAUGUCUUCUGCAGUUUGUACUGGAGUAGCUUGGGCUGCCAUGGUAUUGGAAGGUCUUGCUGAUGGAGCUGUCAUGGUGGGACUCCCUCGCUCUUUAGCCUUAAAAACAGCCGCCAUCACAUUAAUGGGUACUGGCAAGUUACACAUGGAGACUGGCAAACAUCCCGGAGAGAUCAAAGACUCUGUGUGCUCUCCAGGUGGAUCUACAAUCAGGGGUGUGCACGCCUUGGAGAAGAGCGGCGUGAGGGCAGCCAUGAUGAAUGCAGUUGAGGCAGCCACCGAGCAAAUCAAAAACAUGUCCAAGAAGUGAACGGGGGUGUUCCUUCUAUCAGAACAGCGGUAUAUCAACACCUGUGGCUUGUAACACAAAGCUUAGAAUUAAGUUAGCAAUCAUCAUAGAACAUUCUUUUAAUGAUCGAUUGCAUUGACUACAAUUUACAAUUAAU